GUUUUGAAUUUUUAUAAAAUCAAAACCAGUUUUUAGUUGCAAAAACAGGUUCAAAACAAGGUUUUUCAGGAUCCAUCUUCAUCUAUUGUUAUUAUUAUUAUCCCUCCGAAAAUUGUAACACACCGCCGCUGCUGCUUCCUUCUCCACCGCUCUUACAAUGUCGUCGUCAUUGUUGUUAAGGUUGAAGCGCUCUUCGUUUCUUUUUUCCUUUCACUCUCACUCUCACUCUCACUCUCACUCUCGCUUUCAUUCUUCCUUUCACAAUCCUGGUGACGCCGUCUCACACUUCAAUCGCAUGCUUCAAAUGCGUUCUACCCCACCCAUCUUCGAAUUCGGCAAGGUUUUAACUUUCCUCGUCAAGACGGAGCAUUACUCCACCGCUAUAUCCCUUUCUCGCCAAAUGGAAUCUAGUGGAAUUGCGCCAAACAUUGUUACUCUCAACAUCCUCAUCAAUUGCCACUGCUACCUAGGUCAAACCACUUCAGCCUUUUCUGUAUUGGCCAACAUUCUCAAGAGGGGUUUUCAGCCAACUACCAUCACUUUGAAUACUCUCAUCAAAGGUCUCUGUCUUCACAGCAAUGUUCACAGAGCUCUGCAAUUUCAUGAUGUCGUGCUGGCUCAGGGGUUUCGGUUGGAUCAAGUCAGUUACGGGACCUUGAUCAAUGGGCUAUGUAAAAUGGGUGAAACAAGUGCUGCUUUGGAGUUGCUUAGGCGGAUUGAAGGGCGAGGGAUUAAACCUAAUGUGGUAAUGUACAACACCAUCAUUGAUAGCCUGUGUAAAGAUAAACUUGUAAGUCAUGCUUGCAAUUUAUAUUCUGAAAUGAUUGUCAAGGGAAUAUCUCCUGAUGUUGUCACUUACAGUGCUUUAGUGUAUGGCUUUUGCAUUGUUGGUCAAUUGAAACAAGCAAUUGGGUUGCUAGAUGAAAUGGUAUUGAAAAACAUAGACCCAGAUGUUUAUACUUAUAGUACAUUGGUCGAUGCUUUAGGUAAGGAAGGGAAGGUGAGAGAAGCUAAGAACAUGUUAGCUGUGAUGAUUAAACAAGGUGUGAAACCUGAUGUUGUUACUUAUAGUUCCUUGAUGGAUGGGUAUUGCCUAGUUAAUGAAGUGAAUAAAGCCCAAGAUGUAUUCAAUGCUAUGGCUCAGAGGGGAGUGACUCCUAAUGUUCAGAGCUACAAUAUCUUAAUCAACGGACUAUGUAAGAUUAAAAUGGUUGAUGAAGCCUUGAAUCUCCUUGCAGAAAUGGAUUACAAAAAGGUUGUUCCUGAUACAGUUACCUACAAUUCUCUUAUUGAUGGUUUAUGCAAAACAGAGAGAGUCUCUCAUGCUUGGGAGCUUCUUGAUGAGAUGCAUGUUAGAGGUCAACCAGCCAAUAUAAUCACCUACACUUCUUUGGUAGAUGCUUUAUGCAAAAGCCACCAUGUUGACAAGGCAAUUGCACUAAUCAAGAAAAUUAAAGACCAGGGUAUUCAGCCGAAUGUGCGCACAUACACAAUACUUCUAGAUGGACUAUGUAAAGAAGGAAGACUCAAGGAUGCACAAGAAGUUUUUCAGGAUCUUGUGAUUAAAGGCCAUCAUAUAGAUGUCCAUACAUAUAGUGUUAUGAUCAAUGGUCUUUGUAAAGAAGGCUUGUUUGAUGAAGCGUUGGCUUUAUUGUCAAAAAUGGAAAAUGAGGGUUGUAUCCCUAAUGCUAUAACUUUUGAAAUAAUUAUUCGUUCACUCUUUGAAAAAGGUGAGAAUGACAAGGCUGAGAAACUCCUUCAUGACAUGAUUGCUAGAGGUCUACUCGAAAAAUAA